AUGAGUUCUGCGCUUCGAUAUCGGCCCUUGCUCGAAAAUCAGAUCCGCCUUCUCAAGAUUGAAGUUAAUGACCCAACCAACACCAUCGAGUACAGUCCAAUCAUAUGCUCACUGGAACAUGUUUGCCUACCCAGAGCCAAAAGCUUACCCAAUUACCAAUUUAAAGGAAGCGAAAGAACUUGGCCGGAAUUACCUACACAUCACAACUUUGCGCCUCUUUUUAAGACUGGCCGAGACAUACGCGCCGAGGAAGAUAACGAGACUGCACCUGCUGGACCAACUACUCCAAAUGAAGACCAACUACUGUGGAGAUACCCAUGGGGAGAUUUCAUCGCUCUGUCAUACGUAUGGAGUCAUCCAAAGCGAAAAGAAGGCGAGCCGCCCUACACUGUAGUAAUCGAGGGUUCUCUGUUCGAAGUCACACCAAAUCUCUAUCACGCUCUAUCACAACUCAGAAAAUGUUACAGAAUACGACAAGGCUUCAAACUAUGGAUCGAUGCCAUCUGCAUCAACCAGUCAGAUACAGAUGAACGUGGACAACAAGUCGCUCUAAUGAGAGAUAUCUACCAGUCGGCAUGGCAGGUAGCCGUAUGGAUUGGUCCAUCAGACGAAGACACCCGAUUGGCAUUCUUGGCACUUCACUGGUUAUCUCGCGAGUCCAAGCGAGAAAAGCCCAUGGAAGAAUUCUAUCGCGAAAGAUUCUCAAUUGAUCUACGUCCUGUUGUUGUCGUAUGGCCAACUUACGAGAAUCCUAUGAGGAAAACAGUGUAUAAAACCCUGUUCCACUUCUUCACUAGACCUUAUUGGCGUCGUAUGUGGAUUGUACAAGAGAUUGCAAUGGGUAACGCAAACACGCCCGUGAUUUGUGGCGACAACUGCAUUUCGUGGAAAGAUCUUCAAGGCGCCCUGUCGCUCAUCGCAGCAGAUGAAGCAAGAUUUGGCAGAGAUAUUGUGGGGAGCGUCAGACCACAAAUACUGUCCGAAUGGGCGUUUGAGAUCGCCCGGGAUCGAGUCGUUCAGGAAAGAGAUUGGGCACCCGGGCGGAUGUGGAAGGUACAAGAGAUCAUAAUGUCCUUGCAGAAUCACCAAACUUCCAAUUCAAGGGGCGGUUGGGGAAUGCUUGUACAAGCGCUGAAUAUAGUGAGGGACUCACUUGUGACGGAAGAGAGAGAUAGAGUAUAUGGGGUUCUUGGACUCAAGGCUAUCACCGAUAGUAUUGUUUGGGACAAAACACCUGACUACAACAUGUCGCUUGACCGGAUUUACAUCGACUUCACCUCAGGAUUCGUCGCGACUGGGAAUUUGAGUAUUCUUAGAUUGGUUUCUAGAUACGCUGGACCGCGACGAACUGUGAGCAAGACCGUCAGCGACCUCCCUUCGAUGCUCAGACGAGAGCAUACAGCACCUAUAGCACUCUGGCUCACACGCUCAAAGUCCAACUGUCCCACAGCGGGGACUUUGUGCAUCCAUGACAUUCCUUCUUGGACUGUUUGUUGGACUUGCGCUCCAGCGCCAACAGCGCACCUAGGUGGUGUAUAUCAAGCCGGUGCGAGCCUUGGGCAGCCAGUUCCGGUAUUUCCACGAGACGAGAAGACACUUCAUGUACGAGGGAUCUUCAUCGACGAAAUCAUAUCUUUGAGCUCGUCACAUCAAGAUGAGGCUGAUACUAGUUAUCCGCUGAACUCAGACCGUCCGCAGAUUAACCUCUAUGGAGAUAUCGCAACGACUAGAGAUGCAUUCUGGAGGACCAUAGUAGGCGACACAACUGAUCAAGGUGGUGAAAUAGCGCCCGAGGACUAUUCUUGGCUACUUAAUCACGAAAUAUGGGAAGGAGGCGUCGCUGGAGUUUACACAUACGAUUUCGCAAUGCAUUUAUUCAUGCGGAGGAAUCGGCGCCUACGUAUCUCGAGAGGCAUUAUCAUGGGCUACUAA